GCGUCCCUCACGGCCGCCAUUGGCUGGGCCGGGCCUAGAGAAUCCUGUUUCCCGGUGUGUGUCAGUUUCGUGUCGCGGUGACCCGAGCGGAAGGGGGUCGACCACGUCUUCCUCGAGAGUCGUGGCCGCAGCACCCGCGGCGGAGGAAGGCCAGAGCCGAUGUGACUGCAGAUCCGGGAGGUAGAGGCCGCCAGUCUCCCCCGAGUCCCCCGGCUGCCGGCUGAGGGGUCCGUGGAGCCCGACGCGCCCAGUCCCUUCAGCUUCAAGGCGGCAGGACUGUAGAGACUUGCGACCUCACUCGCUCCUGCGCAGACUUGGAACAGUGUUCUGACCCGACCGCGCGUGUGUUGGGAAGGAGGAGCGUGGGAGGCGGGAGCCCCGGGGCUCCGUGGGGGCAGGAGGCCCCGCGGGGGCUGGGGCCCGGGACCCUCCCUCCGUGCGGGGCGGGGGGGAGCGGCGGGGAGACCGCUGCCUUCGCGAUUCUUUCCUCCGCGGCAGCCCUCGGGUCCUGCCUCCGCCCGCGGGACGCGCAGCACCAACCGUGGGGAUGGCCACCAGGGUCCGGACGGCGGCCGUCUGGGUUCCACCUCUCCAGGAACAAGAGAAUUCAUGCAACAGAGCCAGAGAGCUGCAAGGUCAGGAAUCCGUCCUGGGUAAAGGGACUCCUGACCACAGGCUUCUCCCUGGAGGACCCUGGAAAAGACACAAGAAUCACAGAACAGAGCAGGUUCUAGAGUGGCUGUUUAUUUCCCAGGAGCAGCCAAAAACCACCCAGUCUCGAGGACCAUUGUCAUUCGUGGAUGUGUUUGUGGACUUUACCUGGGAAGAGUGGCGGCUGCUGGAUCCCACUCAGAAGCACCUGUACAGGAGUGUGAUGUUGGAGAACUACAGCAACCUGGUGUCCCUGGGGUAUCAAGACAGCAAACCCGAUAUCAUCUUCAAGUUGGAACAAGAAGAACUGUGGAUGAUGCAGGCCCAAAUCCCAAGUCAAGGCCAUCCAGAAAAAGUCUGGGAAAUUGAUGAUCAUAUGGAAUGGCAUCAGGAAAAUGAAGGCAAGCUGGAAAGUGUGGCAAAAGGCUAUGAAUGUCCUACAUUUGGAAAACUAUGUCUUCUUACUACAAAUUAUGUUUCUUCAAGACAAAAGCUUCAUAAAUAUAUCACACGUGGAAUGAGUUUUAAAUAUAAUAUAGAUUUCAAUAGUAAUUAUGCUGGAAAGAAUCCUAAUGAGUUUCGUGCAUAUAGGGAAUCAUUCCACCAUUCUAAACAUGAGCAAACUGUUAUUGGAAUAAAAUAUGGUGAAAGUAAUGAAUGUGGAAAAACUGUCAACAAGAAGUCACAACUCAUAUGCCAACAAAUGUAUGUAGGAGGAAAGCCUUUUGAAUGCAGUUUUUGUGGGAAGACUUUCAGCAGUAAGUCAUACCUUGCAGUGCAUCAACGAACUCAUGUAGAAGAGAAACCCUACAAAUGUAAGGGAUGUGGGAAAGAUUUCAGCAGCAAGUCCUACCUCACUGUCCAUCAGAGAACUCACACAGGAGAGAAACUUCAUGAAUGCAGUGAAUGUGGGAAAUCCUUCAGUUUCAACUCACAACUUGUUAUACAUCAGAGAAUCCACACAGGUGAGAAUCCCUAUGAAUGCUGCGAAUGUGGAAAAGUAUUCAGUAGGAAAGACCAGCUCAUUUCACACCAGAGAACUCACUCAGGACAGAAACCCUAUGGUUGUAAUGAAUGUGGUAAAGCUUUCGGUUUGAAGUCACAGCUCAUUAUACAUCAAAGAAUUCAUACAGGAGAGAAACCCUUUGAAUGCAGUGAAUGUCAGAAAGCCUUUAAUACAAAGUCAAACCUUAUGGUACAUCAGAGAACCCAUACAGGGGAGAAACCCUAUGGUUGUAGUGAAUGCGGAAAAGCCUUUACUUUCAAGUCGCAGCUCAUUGUACAUCAGGGGGUUCACACAGGAGUAAAGCCCUAUGGGUGCAUUCAGUGUGGGAAAGCCUUCAGUUUGAAGUCACAGCUCAUUGUGCAUCAGAGAAGUCAUACAGGAAUGAAACCUUAUGUAUGCAGUGAAUGUGGCAAAGCCUUCAGGAGCAAGUCGUACCUCAUUAUACAUAUGAGAACUCACACAGGAGAGAAACUCCAUGAAUGCAGUGACUGUGGGAAAGCCUUCAGUUUUAAUUCACAACUCAUUAUACAUCAGAGAAUUCACACAGGAGAGAGUCCAUAUGAAUGCCAUGAAUGUGGGAAAGCCUUCAGUCGGAAAUACCAGCUCAUUUCACACCAGAGAACCCAUGCUGGGGAGAAGCCCUAUGAAUGCAGCGACUGUGGAAAAACUUUUGGUUUGAAGUCACAGCUCAUUAUACAUCAAAGAACUCAUACAGGAGAGAAACCCUUUGAAUGCAGUGACUGUAGCAAAGCCUUUAAUACAAAGUCAAACCUUAUUGUUCAUCAGAGAACUCAUACAGGGGAGAAACCCUAUGGUUGUAGUGAAUGUGGAAAAGCCUUUACUUUCAAGUCGCAGCUCAUUGUACAUCAGGGGGUUCACACUGGGGUAAAACCUUAUGGAUGUAAUCAAUGUGGAAAAGCCUUUAGUUUGAAGUCACAGCUCAUUGUGCAUCAGAGAAGUCACACCGGAGUGAAACCCUAUGGAUGCAGUGAAUGUGGAAAAGCCUUCAGGAGCAAGUCGUACCUCAUUAUACAUAUGAGAACUCACACAGGAGAGAAACCACAUGAAUGCAAUGAAUGCGGGAAAUCCUUCAGUUUCAAUUCACAACUCAUUGUACAUCAGAGAAUUCACACAGGAGAAAAUCCCUAUGAAUGCAGCGAGUGUGGAAAAGCCUUUAAUAGGAAAGAUCAGCUCAUUUCUCAUCAGAGAACUCAUGCUGGAGAAAAACCUUAUGGAUGCAGUGACUGUGGGAAAGCCUUUAGUAGCAAGUCCUAUCUCAUUAUACACAUGAGAACUCAUUCAGGAGAGAAACCAUAUGAAUGUAACAAAUGUGGGAAGGCCUUCAUUUGGAAGUCACUACUCAUUGUACAUGAGCGAACUCAUGCAGGGGAAAGCCCUUAUAAAUGUAGUCAAUGUGAGAAAUCCUUCAGUGGAAAAUUACGGCUCAUUGUACAUCAGAGAAUGCACACAAGAGAGAAACCCUAUGAAUGCAGUGAAUGUGAGAAAGCUUUCAUUAGGAAAUCCCAGCUCAUUGUACAUCAGAGAACUCAUUCAGGGGAGAAACCCUAUGGAUGCAAUGAAUGUGGAAAAACCUUCUCUCAGAAAUCAAUCCUCAGUGCACAUCAGAGGACUCACACAGGAGAGAAACCCUGUAAGUGCACCGAAUGUGGGAAAGCCUUUUGUUGGAAGUCACAGCUCAUUAUGCAUCAGAGAACUCAUGCAGAUGAAAAACUUGAUGAAUUAAAUGUAAGAAAAUUUCUUCCAAAACUCAGUUCAUAGGAAAUACCAGCAAAUUCUUAUAGAAGAGAAACUCUAUAAAAUGAGAUCAUCUCAUUGUACACCAGACAACUAAUACUGAAUAGAAACCUAUAAAUGCACAGCAUGUGCAGGGUCACCCACAGAAAGCUGCUUUUUACACAUCUCCCCCCCCACCCAGUAAAUGCACACAGGAAUGUUACGAAUUUAGUGAACUCUGUGAAAGUUUUCAGCAUCAAGUCAUACCUUUUUUAAAGUUUGUACAAGUAAGGAACAGUAUCAGUGAAGUGAAUGUUGGAAAGUUAUUUUUUUACUGUGAUAAAAUUUGCAAAGAGGAAGUUUCAUAAAGCAAUUGAAUAUAGAACGCCCUCCUUUGAAAUUCAUAUUAAACAGUAGGAUUUUCUUAACAGGAUUUUAAUGAGAAAAUGGAAAGCCAAUGAAUGACAGAAUUAUCAAAAUUACACAUACUUUAGGUAUCAGAAACUCAUACCUUGGAGAAACUAGUAUAAAUUAGGGAAAUUCUUGAUCUAGGAAAGACAAACUUCCAUUAAAAAAUAAUAAUAUAUGAAUGAAGAGCUAUGAAUAUGUCAGAUGGGGUAAUAGAACACUCGGUAGAAAGGUUCCCCUCGCUGUUAUUUUGAUUAUUUUGGAAAAUAAUUUCCUUUACAAAGUAUUGUGAGGGAAAUUGUGUCCCAGAUGUUCCAAAUUGUUAGGAAAGGGUUGGAGAAAACACUCAACUAUAAAUGAUAGGCAUGUCCAAAAUAGAAUAUAAAGAUUUUUCUUUUUACUGUGUAAAUAAAUGCAGUCGGGAUAACCAGAAAUACAUCGUAAGACCUACAGGGAUAUUUAGAUGUUAUCUUCCUUUGUACUAUAUGAGUUUUGUGUAGUUUGGCAUUUUACUUGUGAAUGUCACAUAUGAAAGGUAAGUUAGAUACAUGCCAUUGCCCAGGGACUUGUACUUAGCAACAUUGUUUUUAACAAAUACAACUUGUUACUAGAAUAAUAUGAUUUAUUAAAAAUACAUUUCAAUACUACAAACCUUUUCUACUAUUUCUUACCCUUUGUAAGUGGGCCUGGCAACUACCUCUUUAGUUAUAUACAUCGGUAUAGUGCACAAUCGAUGUGCUUGUGUAGCUGGAAUGUGUUCUGUCCUCACCAUUUGGAACAUAUUGAUUUUCAUUAAGAUAAUCUCUCAGUGUAAGAGGUCAUGAUGGGAUCAUCAUUCGUGGUGCCCUGCCAAGGAGUCAGCAUGAUCAUCAAAGUAGGCUGAGCUGUUUAUUCCAGUUUUCAGUUUUCUAAUGGACUCCUGAAGUACCAAAAAGCAAACUGAGCUUUUGUUUUCUGGUAACAUUUUCCUGCAAUUAUUAAUUAGUUCCUUCUAUAUAGACUAACCAGGAUAGCUUUAGUUAUUGUCACUCUAUAAUUCUAGAGCUCUUGUGUUCUUAUUUGAGUUACCUGGUAUGUGUUUAAAGGAUACAUGUAAGUCAUGCUGCCGAUAUGUGUACAGGCACAUGUCAUUUUAUUGUGCUUUGCAGGUAAUGUUUUCUUCCCCCCGCAAAGUGAAGGCUUGUGGCAACCCUGCAUUGAGCCAGUGUGUUGGCUCCAUUUUUCCCGCAGCAUUUGUUACUUCAUGUCUCUGUGUCACAUUUUAGUAAUUCUGGCAAUAUUUCUCAUUUUUCAUUACUUCUUAUGUUGAUCUGUGAUCACUGAUUAUGACUUGCUGAAAGUUUAGCAUGUUUUAGCAAUAUUCUUAAUUAAGGUGUGUACAUUGCUUUUUUUUUUUAGACAUAAUGCUUUUGCACACUUAAUAGACUACAGUGUAGUGUAAACAUAACUGUUACAUAGCUUUUGUAUGCAUUGAGAAACCAAAAGAAACUCAUUUGACUCAGUUUAGUGCUACAUUUGCUUCAUCGUGGUGGUCUGGAAUGGACCUGGAGUAUCUCCAAGGUAAUGCCUGUAUGUAUAGCUGUAGAGUCAGGAUGGUAAAAAGUCAUUCUGCUACUUGCCUUCUUACGAAGUCUGUUUUCUUCACCAGUUUCCUUACAUGAAAGAGCAUUUACCUGAAAAGAGUUGGGACCAUGCCAUUUAGGGUUGUGUUGGAGGAAUAUGACUAUUCCAAACUGCAGAUAUUUCUGAAACAGCCUCCACUUUCUACUCUUUACUUCAGGAGGGAAUCCUAUCUUUUACCCAAAGAAGCUGUUUCUUCUUUGAAGGAGGUAUUUAAUGAUUUUUGAAUGCCUGGUCCUUAUUGUGUUCAGCUUAUUAUAUAAGAUCCAAUCUAAAGAUAAUGUGGGGUGAAGAAGGAUGGUUCACAGAAGGGAAAAGAAAACUUGCAUAAAGAAGGAAUGCCAGAUAUUUGUAAAGUAUGUCCCCCAGAUCUGGAAAAUAUGAAUAUGUAUUUUGUCAUACAUGUUCUGAGGAAGAUUCACACAUAAUGAAGAAUGAACACCUAAGAGAAAGUCUAGAUUUGCGUACUACUACCCCGUGUCAAUUAGAUUUUAAAGGUUUCUGUAUUGUGUGAGGAAAUCCACAUGCAGCGUUACCCAGUAGAAGCCAGAAAUGUUGACAUAAUGUUGAAGAUAGAAAUCAAAUACUGUGGGAAAGGCUAAUGUUAACAUUAAGGUCUUAAUCUUAAAUGAAAAAGAAAAUUUAGGGCUCCUGGCUGGCUCAGUCAGUGGAGUGUGCAACUC